GUUUCAUAUCAAUUAUCAUGCUUCCCAACUACUUAACACAAACACUUGUUCUUUGUCUUGGAUUCAAUUCUGCCUCCAAAUUUGAACGGCAAUUUCCACUAUCAUAGUCAAUCUCCGAAAUCCGCAGUAAGAUGGGAAAUGGGUGGUCAAGAAUGUUGAUGAAAAUGCUGUUCUGGAUGACAAUAUGGUUAAUGGUGCAAUCGAGAGGAGGGUUUGGGAUCAGAUUUGUGAUCGACAGACAGGAGUGUCUCUCCCACAAUGUUCUGUACGAGGGUGACACCGUCCAUGUUUCGUUUGUUGUCAUCAAAGCUGAUAACAAUUGGAUUUAUAGCGAUGAGGGUGUUGAUCUCCUGAUAAAAGGGCCAUCUGGCGAGCAAGUUCAUGAAUUCCAUGACAGGAUAAGUGAAAAGUAUGAGUUUUUGUCUCAAAGAAAAGGUAUUUAUCGGUUUUGCUUCACAAACAAGUCGCCGUAUCAUGAGACCAUAGAUUUUGAUGUGCAUGUUGGCCACUUUAUGUACCAUAACCAACAUGCAAAGGACGAACAUUUCAACCCCAUGCUGGAACAGAUUUCUAAGUUGGAAGUAGCUCUUUACAAUAUCCAAUUUGAGCAACACUGGUUAGAGGCACAGGUUGACCGCCAAGCGCUAGUUAAUGAAGUGAUGGGCCGGAAAGCUUUCUACAAGGCAAUCUUCGAAUCAUUAGCACUUCUUGGAGCUAGUUUCCUUCAGGUUUACCUCCUUCAACGACUUUUUGAGCGGAAGCUCGGAACAUCUAGAGUCUAAAAUUUGCAUACUCUAUUCAUUCUUAUUCAUUGAAACCUUAGGAAGAAGAAAGAUCGAUGUUGGAUUAGACAAUGUGAGUGCAUAUAUAGCUCAUGCUCGUCGAUUUUCUUAUGAUGUUAUUGUGCUCUUUUCAUUCUCGGGGAUUUGUCAUAUCGCACCGUGCUAGCUGUGAGUUUCUUGGCGUUGUUGCUUUUUAUGCCUUUUUUGAGUGAAUGGGAUUUCGAUGCAGAUUUUGUGUAUGAUAAGUCCUAGCGGCUAUGAAUUAAUCGAUUUAUGUAGGGAUGUUUGCAUUA